AUGGGAGUUAUUUGGAUUUCAAGGGACUUGUGUUUGUUUUUGCUCCUCUUAAAUACUCGUCAGAGCGCUGCGCUGCCGCACAUUGGAGAUCCGUGCGUAGAGGAGAGUGAUGGCUGUCACAUCGACGCUAUUUGCCAGAACAGCCACGGAUCCUACACGUGCACGUGUAAAGUAGGAUUUACUGGAGACGGCCAACACUGCGAAGACAUUGAUGAGUGUGAUCUGGAGUUUAAUGGGGGUUGUGUGCAUGAAUGCAACAACAUACCAGGAAACUACCGCUGCACGUGUCACGAUGGAUUCAACCUGGCGCAUGACGGUCACAACUGUCUCGAUGUGGAUGAGUGUAAAUUCAACAAUGGCGGAUGUCAGCACACAUGUGUAAACACGAUGGGCAGCUAUGAGUGCCGCUGUAAAGAGGGCUUCUUCCUGAGUGACAACCAGCACACAUGCAUCCAGCGCUCUGUGGAGGGCCUCAGCUGCAUGAAUAAGGAGCACGGCUGUGCUCACAUCUGCAAAGAGACGCCCAAAGGAGGAGUGGCCUGUGAGUGCCGGCCCGGGUUCGAACUGGCCAGCGACCAAAGAGGCUGCAUCUUGACCUGUCACCAUGGGAACGGCGGCUGCCAGCACACGUGUGACGACACGGAGCAGGGCCCCAUAUGCAGGUGUCAUGUCAGGUACAGCCUGCAGCCAGACACACGCUCCUGUGUAGAGCGAGACGAAGCCACCACCGACUCUUCAGACCACAACGCCACCUCCUCUACUGAGGUGGACAAGCGAGUCAAGCGAAGGCUGCUCAUGGAAACGUGUGCUGUAAACAAUGGAGGGUGUGACUGUACCUGUAAAGACACAUCCACAGGUGUACGCUGCAGCUGCCCUGUUGGCUUUAUCCUGCAGCCGGAUGGAAAAACAUGCAAAGACAUCAAUGAGUGCGAGCUGAACAACGGCGGCUGUGAGCAGUUCUGCAGGAACACCAUCGGAAGCUUUGAGUGUAACUGCAGGAAAGGCUUCAAGCUGCUGACGGACGAGCGCUCCUGUCAAGAUAUAGACGAGUGUUUUUUCGAGCGAACAUGUGAUCACAUGUGUGUGAACUCCCCUGGUGGGUUCGAGUGUGUGUGCAACAAAGGCUACACCCUGUACGGACUGGCCCAUUGUGGAGACAUAAAUGAAUGCAGCGUGAACGAUGGAGGCUGUGAGCAGGCUUGUGAGAACAGCCUGGGUGGAUUUAGAUGCUACUGCCGCCCGGGUUACAGACUGCACUGGAACAAGAAGGACUGUGUUGAGGGCUGUGACAUGAGCUGUGUGCGCCGGCGCUCAGAGAAGAGGCUGAGGAAGACCAUCCGAACCCUGAGGAAGUCCAUCAACCGGGAACAGUUCCAUUUCCAUUUCGCUGGCUCUGACUAUGAACUAGCCAAGACUCUGGGCCAGCCAACGGAGCCACCGAAGCGCUGCAUGGCUGGACAGGUGCUGGUGGGCAGGAAGUGCGUGAGCUGCAGUGUAGGGACGUACUACGACGGGGACCAGGGAAGGUGUGUUUUGUGUCCAGCUGGAACAUACCAAGACGAGGAGGGUCAGAUGUCCUGUGAGGUCUGUCCAGGGCCUGAAGGAAGAGCCGUGUCCAAGGUGGUCGGGGCUCGGCACAUCUUGGAAUGUGGCGGUCAGUGCUCCCGAGGUCAUUACUCUCCUGACGGCUUCAGCCCUUGCCUGCGCUGCCCGCUGGGUAGCUACCAGCCGGAGGCGGGCCGCACGCGGUGCUUCCCGUGUGGGGGGAACCUGGUCACCAGGCAGAGCGGGGCCGUGUCGUUCCAGGAGUGUGCUACCAAAGUCCAGUGCUCACCUGGACACUACUACAACACCAGCACACACCGCUGCAUCCGCUGUCCUAUGGGCACCUAUCAGCUGGAGUUCGGCCAAAACUUCUGCAUAGCUUGCCCUGGAAAUACCACCACUGACUUUGAUGGCUCAACUAACAUCAUGCAAUGCAAAACUCUCUCCAACUCAGUGACGACUUACGAGACUUGUCAGACAUACGAGCGGCCGAUUGCUUUCACUUCCCGCUCCAAGAAGCUGUGGAUACAGUUCAAGUCCAAUGAGGGAAACAGUGGGAAAGGCUUCCAGGUUCCAUAUGUUACCUAUGAUGAGGACUACCAGGAAUUAAUAGAAGAUAUUGUCCGAGAUGGAAGAUUAUACGCUUCAGAAAAUCAUCAGGAGAUCCUCAAGGACAAGAAACUCAUGAGGGCGUUAUUUGACGUGCUGGCCCACCCCCAGAACUUCUUCAAUUACACGGCACAAGAGUCGAGAGAGAUGUUUCCCAAGUCCUUCAUCAGAUUCCUGCGCUCAAAGGUCCUGAGAUUCCUUCGCCCUUAG